CCGCUCUUUUGGGUUUCUCAUUAGUUCUCUCUUUCAGUUUUUUUUCUCUCUUGAAGCGCCCGCCCACCGACCAUUAUCAGCACCGGCCUUAUAUAUGCAGCCUGAUGCUGUUGUUUACGAUUACACACACUUUUGCAGCUCAAACCGUCACCAGCCACCACAACCAUGAGGGAGUUCAAGAGCAAAGACUUUUGGAGGGCCGUUCUGGCCGAGCUGGUCGGCAUGACCUUCUUCAUUUUCCUCAGCAUCUCUGCAGCCAUAGGAAACCCCAACAACGGCAACCCGGAUCAGGAGGUGAAGGUGUCGCUGACCUUUGGAUUAGCCAUCGCCACGCUGGCCCAAAGCUUAGGCCACAUCAGUGGAGCCCACCUGAACCCUGCCGUCACCCUCGGCAUGCUCGCCAGCUGCCAGAUCAGUGUGUUCAAGGCGGUCAUGUACAUUGUGGCUCAGAUGUUGGGUUCAGCCCUCGCCAGCGGCAUCGUUUAUGGGACGCGACCCUCCAACAGCAGCGCCCUGGGGCUCAACUCUCUUAACGGCAUCACCCCCAGCCAAGGAGUGGGCAUCGAGCUCCUGGCCACCUUCCAGCUGGUGCUGUGUGUCAUUGCAGUCACUGAUAAAAGGAGGCGUGACGUCACGGGCUCUGCACCCCUGGCCAUUGGCCUCUCCGUUUGCCUGGGACAUUUGGCAGCUAUCAGCUACACAGGUUGCGGCAUCAAUCCUGCUCGCUCCUUUGGUCCAGCUUUGAUCCUGAACGAUUUUACAGACCACUGGGUGUACUGGGUGGGCCCAAUGUGUGGCGGAGUAGCGGCAGCCCUCAUCUACGAUUUCCUGCUGUCCCCAAAGUUUGACGACUUCCCUGACCGCAUGAAGGUUCUGGUCAGCGGUCCGGUGGGAGACUACGACGUAAACGGAGGGAACGAGUCUGCGACUGUGGAGAUGUCUUCAAAGUAGUUGCAGUUUUUUUCCCCGUUGCGCCCUUGUAAAUGUCUAUACUAAAAAAAAUAAAUAUGUACAAAAGUAAAAUUCAAAAGCUUUGAAAUGUAGUGUAGAGUUUUAACAUUGUUUUGAAAUGCCAAGGAGGAUUGUGGUCUACGGGUGGUGAGGCUUUGGAAUUCACUCCUUUUAUCAGCGCAGCACCAGCUCCUUAUCAAACUGCGGCUGAAGUUUAAAACCCGUGUGCUGAUCUUUUUUCUCCAUAUCAGUAUUGUAUGUUGAAGCCUAUUUUUGUAUAUUACCUGUUUCACUUAUUCCUGAUGGACGUUAUAUUGUGUGCACUCUUUUGUCUGACUUUUUUUACGUAAAAUAAAACACGAUGUGAGAAUUCA